UUAUUCAUUAUACACAUCCAGGCUUUUCUUUGCAUAAUUUUUUACGAUUUUUUUUUUUUCUGUGCGUGUCAAUUGUUGGGAGUGCGAAUAUUGAUGACGAAAUAAGCAGUGACGCGAUGAUGGUCGAAGGCCACGGACUGAAUGAAAUGUCACCAGUAUCAGGGAUCUCACCUGUCUCAUCGUUGUUAUUGGCUGAUCGGUCGACAGGAAAUUCGCUCUUAUUUCCCUGCUGCAGAGUGUCGAUUAUGAAAUAGCACGAAAAAAAAACAAACCGUGGGAAAGAAGAGAAUAUAUAUAUAUAUAUAUAUAUAUAUAACAAGCCCGUCUGUCUGAGAGGGAAGAAAGAAGGAAAGAAAGAUGCCAGAGUCGGCAGCAGGAGACAUCGGCAACGAGGACUCGCCGUCGUCGGUUGUCCUCAUGAGCAGCGUUGUGGGCCAGGGCCAGGGCCAGGUGUUGCAUCAGCAGCAGCAGCAGCAGCACGCGUUGCGACCCAGUUCGAGUUUCUGUUCGAGUUUGGCGUCCGACUCGGAGUCCGGCAUGGACUCGGAAGUGGAGUGGGACGAGGAGCCGCCGGAAGGCGGCUACAAUGACGGCGACGAGGCGGCCGUGUCCGUGCCGGGCGCCUACAUGACGCUGCGGGACAAGAUCCACGAGAGGAUCAAGGCAGGCGACAAGUUCUUCUCGCUCGAGUUCUUCCCGCCCAGGACCAAGGCCGGGGCUGUCAACCUCUUGUCCAUGCUUGUUGGAUGGCGAAGUAUUGACGGGGACUUGCCGCCUGGUCCCAAGUUGGUGAAAGCUGAAUUGGUUCUCGAUAUGGAAGCGCCGAUUCCCGACACCUGGAUUCACUUUUGGCAAACCCAGCGAGAUUCUUGGAAGAAAGGUGUGAUUUUUGUGAACGGGUUCCCGUUGGGGCGCUACUGGGACAAGGGUCCUCAGCAGACCGUGUUCUUACCUGGCCCUUUCUUGCGACCUGGAGUUAACGAGAUCACACAGUUUGAGAGAAUGGGUAGUGCUGGAGCACUGUUCAUAGAUGUGACCUGGCAUCCAGCUGGGAACCCCGCAGGGGAAACUGAGACAUCAUCCAUGGGCAUUGCAAAUGCAGCCUUGAACUAUUGUGGCCUGGAGACCAUGUUGCACAUGACCUGUUUGGGGAAAACACCUCAG